AUGAGCCUCCUCCUCUCCUUCUACCUGCUCGGGUUGCUUGUCAGUCGCGGGCAAGCUCUUCUUCAAGUGACAAUCUCACUUAGCAAAGUCGAGCUUAGUGUGGGCGAAUCUAAAUUCUUCACAUGUACAGCAAUUGGUGAACCUGAGACGAUAGAUUGGUAUAAUCCUCAAGGAGAGAAGAUAACUUCCACGCAGAGGGUGGUGGUGCAGAAGGAAUUGGGCCGGUCACGACUCACCAUCUACAAUGCAAACAUAGAAGAUGCAGGGAUAUAUCGUUGUCAGGCAGCAGAUGCCAAAGGACAAACACAAGAAGCGACAGUAGUUUUGGAAAUUUACCAGAAACUCACUUUCAGAGAGGCGGCAUCGCCUCAGGAGUUCAAGCAGGGGGAGGACGCUGAGGUGGUGUGCCGAGUCAGCAGCUCGCCUGCACCUGCUGUCAGCUGGCUGUACCACAACGAGGAAGUCACCACCAUUCCCGACAAUCGGUUCUCCGUGUUAGCCAACAAUAACCUGCAGAUCCUCAACAUCAAUAAAAGUGAUGAAGGAAUCUACAGGUGUGAAGGCAGAGUGGAAGCUAGGGGAGAAAUUGAUUUUCGGGAUAUUAUUGUUAUUGUUAAUGUGCCGCCAGCAAUCGCCAUGCCUCAGAAGUCCUUCAAUGCCACAGCUGAGCGAGGAGAAGAGAUGACUCUGUCCUGCAGGGCCUCGGGCUCUCCAGAGCCCGCCGUCUCCUGGUUCAGAAAUGGCAGAAUCAUCGAAGAGAAUGAAAAGUACACAUUGAAAGGAAGCAACACAGAACUCACCAUCAGGAAUAUCAUCAACAGCGAUGGUGGAGCUUACGUCUGCAGGGCAACCAGUAAGGCAGGAGAAGACGAGAAGCAGGCCUUCCUUCAGGUCUUCGGAAAGAGCAAAGCCAGAGUCAAGGCCUACUGGAAAAAUAAGUUUAGAGCAGCACUUGAUCAAGAUAAAGUCUUUAGCCCAGACGGCCGUAUUGAAGUCAAAGGUCAGCGUGGAAGCUCAUCCCUGCAUAUUAAAGACGUGAAGCUGUCAGACUCGGGCAGAUACGACUGCGAAGCUGCGAGCAGGAUCGGAGGGCACCAAAAGAGCAUGUACCUCGAUAUUGAGUAUGCUCCUAAGUUUACAUCAAACCAAACAAUUUAUUACUCUUGGGAGGGAAAUCCAAUCAAUAUAAGUUGUGAUGUAAAAUCCAAUCCACCAGCAUCGAUCCAUUGGAGAAGAGAGAAAUUAGUUUUACCAGCUAAAAAUACCACUAAUUUAAAGACAUAUAGUGCAGGAAGAAAAAUGAUAUUAGAGAUUGCCCCUACAUCAGACAAUGAUUUUGGACGAUAUAACUGUACAGCUACUAACCGCAUAGGAACAAGAUUUCAAGAAUAUAUUCUUGCCUUAGCUGAUGUGCCAUCCAGUCCCUAUGGGGUGAAAGUGAUAGAGCUGUCUCAGACCACUGCCAAGAUUUCUUUCAACAAACCAGACUCCCAUGGAGGUGUGCCUAUUCAUCACUACCAAGUGGAUGUCAAAGAAGUGGCGUCAGAAACCUGGAAAAUAGUACGCUCCCAUGGAGUCCAAACAAUUGUUGUCUUGAGCAACCUGGAACCAAACACGACUUAUGAAAUCAGGGUUGCAGCUGUGAAUGGAAAAGGUCAAGGAGACUACAGUAAGAUAGAAAUCUUCCAGACCUUGCCAGUUCGUGAACCAAGUCCUCCAUCCAUACAUGGACAGCCAAGCAGUGGAAAGAGUUUUAAACUCAGCAUCACCAAACAAGAUGAUGGAGGAGCCCCAAUUUUGGAAUACAUCGUGAAAUACAGGAGUAAAGAUAAAGAAGAUCAGUGGCUGGAGAAAAAAGUGCAGGGAAAUAAAGACCACAUUAUCUUGGAGCAUCUGCAGUGGACAAUGGGAUACGAAGUCCAGAUCACAGCUGCCAACCGAUUAGGGUAUUCUGAACCAACAGUUUAUGAAUUCAGCAUGCCACCAAAGCCCAACAUUAUUAAAGAUACGCUCUUCAAUGGUCUUGGGCUUGGAGCAGUCAUCGGCCUGGGGGUCGCAGCCCUGUUGCUGAUCCUGGUAGUGACAGACGUCAGUUGCUUCUUUAUUCGACAAUGUGGCUUACUGAUGUGCCUCACCAGGAGAGUAUGUGGGAAGAAGAGUGGUUCCAGUGGGAAAAGCAAAGAACUCGAAGAAGGAAAAGCUGCAUACCUGAAAGAUGGAUCAAAAGAACCAAUAGUUGAGAUGAGAACAGAAGAUGAAAGAAUUACUAAUCAUGAAGACGGAAGCCCGGUAAAUGAGCCAAAUGAAACAACACCACUAACAGAACCCGAAAAACUGCCUUUAAAAGAAGAAAAUGGGAAAGAAGUUCUAACUCCAGAAACUAUAGAAAUUAAAGUUUCUAAUGACAUCAUCCAAUCAAAAGAAGAUGAUGGCAAAGCAUAA